UUGAAAGUGAAAAGAGCGCCUUGAUCAAAAGUGGAGACGUUACCUGAAGUGUCCUCCUCCUUGUCCUCCUCCCUGCUGUGAUGAUGAGCUUCUCCCCUGGUCCGUCAGGCCUUCACGGCUCCAACAGUAUCCAGGAGCAGAGGGACCGCUGGGAAAGAAAACGCAGCCGAACAGCCAAAGAGCUGGUGCAGACAGAGCAGCGCUACUGCCAGCAACUGCAGCUCCUCACCACCUACUUUGUGGAGAUCCUGAAGGCCAAAGGAACCCUGAGGCAGGACAUUAGAGAAAGCAUCUUCAGUUCAAUUAAAGCCAUUCAUUCAGUAAACCAGUCUCUACUCGUCCAUUUGGAGAAUGGCUACUUUGGCCGUGGCUUCGACCAGUUCUGUCCAUAUCUUCACCACUACAACAUGUACGCAGACAACAUCUACAAUGCCAGCAAAGUGCUUACGAUCCAAGUGAGGAAAAACAAGGCCUUCAGACGUUUUAAGAAGCUACAAGAAGCCAGACCAGAGUUCAACGGCCAUAAGCUGGAGGAUUUACUUCAGCUUCCCAUCCAGCGGAUUGAUCAGUAUAAACAUUUCCUACAGGACCUGACUGCCAACACGAGUCCAGACAACCCAGAGUUUCAGCAGCUUUCAAGGGCUGUGAGCGCCGUGUCAGAGGUGUCCCAGCGUAUCGAGAACAAUACCCGGCGCCAUGAGAACCACCUGCAGCUUUGCCGGGUGCAGAAACUGCUGAAAGGGCGAAAGACGAAGGUGUUGGCUCCAGGGAGGUGGUAUAUCCGCGAGGGCUGGCUGAAGAUGGUGCCUGCUAAAGGUGCAGAGGCUAAACCCAAGAUGUUCUUCCUGUUCUCUGACAUGCUGCUGCAGGCUAAGCGCUGCAGCCCGUUGCAUCCCACCAACGGAGACAAGUUUGAAGGCCAACACGCCUACCCCCUGCAGGACUGCACUGUGGAGAAGGUGUUUGGCCACACCAGGAGCCAGGGAGGCCUGCUCAGCCUGAGCUUCCCUAAAGCCAAACUGCUGCUCAUGUCCAGCAACCAGGAGAACCUCAACGACUGGUACCAAACCCUGAGCUCAGCUAUUGGGAAGCUGCAGUCGAAGCAGACGGUGGUCUAUCAGAGAGACGAGCUGCGCAGACAGCCUCUGCACUCUGAUGACCACAACACACCGACCAGCAGGAAGAGGAACAUGGUGGGGGUUUCUGAGCAUGCUCAGACCGUUCCACUGGACAUGGAGGGCAGCGCCCCCAAGAGGAUGAAGCAGAGUGACGCUCCAGCACAGAGCAGUGUGGAGGCGUCCUCGUCCAGCUGCGUGAUCCUCUGAUGGACGGAGCCCUGACGCCUGGUCCCACUGAGACUUUCACUUCUGAUGCCUUCAUGUUUCUAUUAUCUUUGUACUAACAGCAGAUUCAGCCUCUGCUCAUCCCGUGCAAUAUGAAACUAACCCCAUCUGCUGCUUCAGACGCCAAAUACUCACCAUACUGAAUGUUUUACUGGGAGCCGCCUGCUGCUGCUGCUGCUGCUGGACUCCAGCUCACAUUUAAUUUCUGUUUAACCUGUGUGUUGGUCACACAACUUUAUUAACAAAGGCCUUUCUACAUGUACAUGAAUGCACCACAAGCUGUCACUCAGGCAGCAUUUUAGACGUAGGUUUCAGUAAAACUUUGUAAAGAACAGAAUUAAAAGAUGCCAAAAGAGAGAACAGUACACUAAUCAGGCCUCUUCUAUGUACAGCAGAUCAGUUUCCACACAUGACUUAAUGGGAGUUAUCGGAGUGAGGAGUGAUUUCCCCUCCUCCUCUACCUCUAGUUGUUUUCUACUGAAACAGCUGUUUUUAUAGUAUUUAACUUUCUUUAUUGAAUUCAAAGCCAUGGUGCACUUACAUCCAGGACUCCAGCCUAUAACAUACCAGAAGAACAAUGUAUGACCCUAUGGCUGGUUUACACCAACAAGGCUUAUUUAAUUAAAUUAUCUGGUCUUAAACAGGGUUUAAGAUCACACAGUUUAAUAAAACUACAGAUGUCAAUCUAAAUAGACAAGCAUAAGUGCUCUUAAAAAAAAAAAAAAAGCUAAUUUCACUGAAUUCAAAUAUAUUUACAACUAAAUCAUGUCCAUUCUUCCUUGAGUCAAAUCAACAUAAUAAUAGACGUGCAGAUGUAUGAAUUCAUCUAAAAAAGACAAAAGAUUUAAACAGAGACUAAGAAAUGAUGUUAUGUGUGUCUGAAACUGAGGAGGUCUGAGAACUUGUGCUGGGAUUUAUCCAUUAUUUGUCAACAGUAAGUGUCAUAUUUUAAAGAAAAUAAUCAUUUCUGUGUAAUGGGUCUGAAAUAGCAGAGAUGUAGCAGAAAAAGCUAUAGUCUGCAUUUGAGAACUAUAUUCACAAUAUGAUUCAAUCAGCAUAAUUCAAUCAUAGCAAACAGGAUUUUAAAUAAUCAAACAGAAAAUGUUUCUGUUUUGUAACUGUUGUUACUGGUGGUUUUUAUGUGCUCAAAUACAUAGAGAAGUUUUUUCUACCUCCUGAUAUUUCAGGACUGUUCUUGCAGAAAUGUGUUUUUCCUUUAACAUGACAUGAGCAGGAUGUAGCGCUAAAGGUCACUUUUAAUUACUUCUAUAUGUUUUCAUUAACACUUUAAAUUUUGAUUUAUUUACAUUUUAAAUUACCAUAUAUAUGAAAGGAAAUGUGUGUGCUACAGGGAACUUGGGAACUUGUGCUAAAGGCUAACUUUGACUCCUCUGUGUUCCUUAACGCUAAAUGUUGCAUCAGUUGCCGGUCAGUUAACUAGUUACUUAAGAUGGUGUGGCAAAAACUAAUAAACUCCUGUAUAAACUAAAGGAAAAAUAUAGCUAAAUAAGUGAUAGAAUUUAUGUGCUUUUGGGAACUACAAAUUAUAAAAUGGGAGAAACUAAAUUUGGGCUACUCUGUAUUUCUUAAGCUUGGCAGCUAAGAAGACACGUAGCCUACUCAUGUUAGCUGGGUCAGGGUAAGAGCUCCAAUUUGUUUAUUUGUUGGUCGAUUUAAUGGAGAAAUAUGGCCAAAUGUGAACAAAUAAGUAACAGGACAAACAAUAGUCAGUCAUAAUAGGUAGAAAAUACAGUUUCAACCGUAGUUAUUAUAUGUGGUCUGGUUUUCAACAUCAUAAAACUCCACCAAUACUUUUCUCACUUGAUCUUAACCCAUAAAGGCCCAAACAUCCACCAUAGACCAAAACCAUCUACUGAUAUAAACUGUUUAAUACCUGUUGAUCCACUAAUCCUAUCAAUACAUGUAAAUAAUUGGUAUAAAAUACAGUUUGGUUUCAGUGAAGGUGACAAUAUUGAAAUGUGUGAUUGUCUAAUGAACUUGAACAGGUUCUGAUUGGGUUUAUUUUAGCCCAGACCUUUGUUUGCAUGAAUUUGCUGCAAUAUAUUCACUCUUAAAACAUGUUUGUUUUAGUUUUUUUUUAGAAAUGGUUUAUGUUAUCAGAAGAAAAAGAAUACUCUUGUGUUUCUGGUUUAACCCCUAAAGACCCAAACAGCCACUGUUGACAAAAAGCAUCUACUGAUCUAAACUGUUUGAUCCUAAUCCUA